GUUCCAACAAUGUUGCGAAUCAUACAUUUUCCAGAAACUUCUCUAACUUACGAACUGGUUCUUGAUGCCACUUUUUUUCUCGAGCAGAAGUCUCGACGACGAAGUUAGUUUCUCGUCCUCUCAGGAAUUGCUAUCUAGUGUACUAUAAAGGCAGCUAUGACUUGGGAACAGCCACAGAUUAUAGCUCGAAGCUUGGAAGAAGUGUGGUGGACAGGUGCAAGAGGAAGACAGUUUAGGGACUUCGAUGACGCUGGUUGAUACCGUCAGUGGCUAGUGGAUUUGGCAGCGAACAGCAUUGUCUGACUCGGAUAGUAGACUGUAUAGUGUGACUAGGCGGUGGCGGUGUCGUAACUUACUACACUUUUUGUAAGUCAGUGACAGUUGUUUGAAUCUACCAGUGAACGUGAUUCAGCUCCAAGAUGAAGCCCAAGACUGCAAUCGGAAUCGACCUGGGCACGACGUACUCGUGUGUCGGUGUCUAUGAGCACGGCAAGGUGGAGAUCCUGGCGAACAGCCAGGGCAAUCGCACCACACCCAGCUAUGUUGCCUUUUCGGACACGGAGCGUUUGAUUGGCGACCCAGCCAAGGACCAAGUAGCUCGCAAUCCCAAAAAUACAAUUUUCGAUGCCAAGCGGCUGAUUGGACGUCAAUUCACCGAUGCUGCCGUUCAGAAGGACAUGAAGCAUUGGCCAUUCCAAGUAGUCAAUGCCAAUGGCCAGCCCAAGCUGCAAGUAGAGCAUCAGGGAGAGACCAAAGUUCUGUCACCGGAGGAAGUGAGCUCUAUGGUGCUGAGUAAGAUGAAGGAGACUGCGGAGGCGUACCUCGGAAGUGGUGUGACAGAUGCAGUGAUCACCGUGCCAGCGUACUUCAACGACUCGCAGCGCCAGGCGACGAAGGACGCCGGCCGCAUUGCCGGCCUGAAUGUCCUGCGCAUUAUCAACGAGCCUACAGCCGCUGCACUGGCGUACGGCCUCGACAAGCAAGAUAAUGCCGAGCAGAACGUGCUGGUGUAUGAUCUUGGCGGUGGUACGUUUGAUGUGUCAGUUCUAUCCAUCGACGGCGGGCUGUUUGCAGUCAAAUCGACGGCUGGUGACACACACCUGGGUGGUGAGGACUUUGACAACAGGCUGGUGGAUCAUUUCGUGGCCGAGUUCAAGCGCAAGCACAAGCAAGACUUGUCCAGCGAUGCACGUGCCCUGCGCCGACUACGAACGGCAUGUGAGCGAGCCAAGCGAACUCUGUCAAGCAGCACUGAUGCCUCUCUGGAGAUAGACUCGCUCUACCGUGGCAUAGACUUCUACAGCAGAAUAACCCGUGCAAGGUUCGAGGAGCUGUGUGCUGACCUUUUCCGUUCAACCCUGGAUCCAGUCGAGAGAGCACUGAAUGAUGCCAGGAUGAGCAAAUCCGACAUCCAUGAAGUCGUAUUGGUCGGUGGCUCAACGCGCAUUCCCAAGGUCCAGAAAUUGCUUCGUGACUACUUCAAUGGCAAGGAGCUGAACAAGGGAAUCAACCCGGAUGAAGCCGUCGCCUACGGUGCUGCUGUUCAAGCCGCCAUCCUGUCUGGCGUGAGAGAUGAACGUGUGGACUCGGUGGUCCUGGUUGAUGUGGCACCAUUGUCGCUUGGAAUCGAGACGGCCGGAGGUGUUAUGACCACGCUGAUCAAGCGCAACACCACGGUUCCGACUCGGGCGAGUGAGACGUUCACAACGUACGCCGACAGCCAGCCCGCCGUCACCGUGCAGGUGUACGAAGGUGAACGGGCCAUGACCAAGGACAACCACCUGCUGGGCCGCUUCGAGCUGACUGGCAUCCCACCUGCACCCCGCGGUGUGCCGAAGAUCGACGUUAGCUUUGACAUUGACGCCAACGGAAUCCUGCAUGUCACAGCUAAAGACCAGAGCAGCGGCCGAUCAAGUGACAUCUGCAUUACCAAUGAGAAGGGUCGCCUGAGCAAGGCCGACAUCGAGAGAAUGGUAGCGGAAGCAGAGCAGUUCCAGCAAGCCGAUGAUGCGCAGAGGGAGCGUGUGGCUGCUCGCAAUCAGCUGGAGAGCUAUGCUUUCAACGUUCGCUCAGCAAUGUCGGACAGUGCUUCCAAACUGAGUGCUGAUGAAGUGAAGAAGGUAACGAGUGCAACACAAGACGCUCUUGACUGGCUAGAGAAGAAUCAGCUGGCGGAGAAAGAGGAGAUUGAGCAUCGGAUGAGUGACUUGCAGCAGCUGUGCUCCCCAAUCAUGGCCAAACUGCAUGGCGGAGCAGACAACAACGGUAAAGAACCAUCCACCCAAGGUCCGAACGUGGAGGAAGUGGAUUGAACAACACAAUUAAGUGCAGCAUAGAAGAUAGCCCUACCGAUGCCAGGCAUUGGACUUUUAGCAUACCACGGACAGUUUGGCAAAAAGUUUAAAGAUAUGAUACUAUAAUUAUGCACUUGAUUUCUUCUAAUUUGCUGACCUUUGCACACAUUGUUUACUUCGUUGAAUUAUUUUGCCUGGUGCCUUGCGACUACAGUUGCAAAAUAAGUUGUUUGUGUUGAUAGCAUGCAAUGUACAUGUACUUGAAGUAUUCCAUAGUUUGCCACAUAUGCCUUGCUAGCCCAUACCUAAGCCUCAAUCAUUAAUUUGACUCAAUGCUAUCCUCCAAGAAGCGUUUUUCGACUGAACGAUUUAUUUACAUCGAUUAAAGCCUGCAUGCAUCUCAGCUGUUUGAAUAUGCACAAUACUAUAAUGGCCAUGAUUGUUUUACAAAACGUAGACACCGUUGAAGCCAAAAUACAACUUAAUUAAAGUCAUUGAAACACAA